CAAAUUAAUUAUUGAACUAACAACAAAAGCUCUCUGUAAGCAUAAAUCAGAAACUGACAGUUAAACUAACUUAUACAUAGAUUAGUUAAUUGACAAACAAAAACUUCUCUAAUUACCCCAAAUUACAAACAAUUGCUUAGUGAAAUUCUAACGCAAUUAUAAAAUAUUGUUGAAAUACCUCAGUGAACCGAUUAAUUUUAGCGCAUGGAUGACAAAAUUGCUGUGAAAAUUACGGGUGAUGAAUUAAAAACUGGCCUUAAAUAUGUUUGUAGGCAAAUGUUGGUAAACAGACCAUAAAUUUGGCAAUAAAUAAAAACUGGCAUGUAUUUCCAUUGUUCGAGUAUAAAUUCAACGCCAUUAUUCAGAUAAUUCAGUAACAUUUCCGACCUCAUUAGAGUAACACAAAGCAGCUCGCAUCCUUUUUCGGUCACAAUGCAAACGUUCUACACUUUAACAAUAAUGGCGGCUUUAGUCACGCUGGCAGUGUGUCAACUUCCAGCCGAUUUUGAGAAAUUCAGCAAAGCUUGUCUGGACGAAGCCAAAGUCUCGGAGGAUGAGUUGAAGCAAUUCAUUCAAAAUGGCAUGAAUGUUAACGAAGCCACUGAGAACAUAAAGUGUCAUACCAAAUGUUUGAUGCAAAAGCUGGGUAUGUGGAAGGAUGGCGUCCUUGAUGCCGAUGCCAAAGCUAAGGAAUUAAUGCAACUUCCAAAAUACAGUGGACAUGAUGCCGAAAUAAUACAAAUUGUGAAUAAUUGCAAGAAUGAGAAGGGCGCUAAUGAAUGUGAUACGGUCUUUAAUAUUGCCAUGUGUAUCAAGAAAUCCCUCAGCGCACAGAUUGCAUAAGGUGCAACGUGUUUUGUUUCUUUUCUCUACGCUGGAUUGUUGGACAAUAAUUUUAAUCAACUUGGUUUCAAAUAUCUGUAUAUAUUUCGAUGUUUUAGUUAUUUGGUAUAAGGGAUUAAAAAAUAUAAACUAAUUAUUAGGUGCGCAACUAA